AUGAAGGUAUCGUCAUUAACUUUCUCUUCAUUCUUUACUCAAAAGGGUUUUCAUUUUGGCUUUUGUAUGUUGCCCUUGAAGACAGCCACUGAUCUCUGUGAUUUUUAUUGAUUUCUACCUGUGAAGCUUUGAUUAUAAACUAAAUUUAAUGUCUGCAUUUCUCUCAGUAUUCAGUAAUUGAGUGCAACAUAUUUGGAUAACAUGGUGAUAUAGGAUCUCCACCUUAGUGGUUAACUUCAGAUAUAUAUUUGUCAUAGCUUGUGUUAAUAAAACCCAUGAUAGAAACAGGAACUGAAUCUACACGAUGAAGCAGAUUUUUUAGAUUAUUAAUAUAUGUACACAUUUCUCUCUCUCUGAGAUUCAAGCAGGAAGUGUGCACCUGUUUUCUUAUCUACUGUAAUCCAGAUAAGCACAGAAACCCUCUGAAGUUUUGGCCGAGGUGGCCACAUGGACGGUCUGAUGGACGGUGACCAGAGGUUGGCCCACCAUGGUUGGCAGUGUCAAAGUAAAGCAAAGAACUCCAGACUGAGGCAUCUGCAUCAGAGCACUUUAAACUUGGGUGAUGCUGCACCCUGCUACACCACCACCCACAGCCAGAGUUAUUCUGGAAGGUCGGCUGACGGAUGUCCUCUCAUCUUCCAUCUGAGAGAUCCCAGCUUCCCCUCACAGCAUCAGACCCAUUUGGAUUUCAGUAACAAUAUCGCACCGCUGCAGAGUCCCCUCCAGUCACACACUAAAGACGUGCACGGGCCCAAACACAUCACUCCGAGGACCGACCUGAAGGGGGAACACUGGGCUCUGUAUCGCAGUGGCCAGGCUGUCAGAGAGACCACCAACCCACAGGAUCCAUCUGAGUACUGGACCACCUACAAGACAGAGCACACACUCCCAGUAACUGACGGCUCACCACAGCUGGCUGGAGGCAGACCAACACAGUGGCACCAUCACAACAUACUGUCAGGUGAACUGAGGCAGACGGGUGGUCCAGGUGAGCCCAGACGGUCCAGACACGAGCUGCUAUGGGCAGCGAGGCGCUGGGAGACAGACUGCUGUGCACUCAGACUCUACUGACACACAUCGCAUCAACUAUACACUGCACUGACUUACACUCCAUUACAUAUACUAUUUUUGUGUUUGAUUUAAUUACAGUAAAUGUACAAUAUACAAUGCAUUUACACACAAA